AUAUUUAACUAAUAGUGUAGGUACUUUAUAGGUUGUAGAAUUGUGAAAAAUCCGAAAUAGUAACAGUAACGUUUAAUACGUUACUGUGGAAUAAAAAGAAAUUCCUAAAUAAUUUUCUUAACAUCCUUUAACUAUUUAGCACUGGUGAGCCGUGAGGUGGAUAUCUAUUUCAAUCUGGCGGCCACAAUGCUGUGUACAAGUGUACGUACUGAUUAAAAAGGAAUUAUUUAAUCGAGUAUUGGUUACGUUGCUACGUAAAGUUUUUGGAUUGCUUUUAGUUAAAACUCCGUGCAGCAUCAUGGACAACUCCAGCAAACUACAGCAGAUGCAAGAUGAAAUGUCCAGAUUCGAGGCAGAGAUCUCAGGAUCGGAUCUAUUGGCCAUGCGGCCAGUUAUAGGUGCGGGAACCUUUGGGGCUGUACAGCAACAAUUAGAGCGGGCUCUGCCUCAUCCUCCAGCGAUGAUGCCACAGUUCGAUGUCAUGGGAGCUCGCUUGAUGUACCCGACUGUACCACCACCGCCUCCACCACCAUCCAUGAUGGUACCAGCGUCGGUGCAAAGACGUCCGCCUGGUAGUGAAGUAUUUCCCCCACAUCCAUUCAUAAGACCCGGGAUUCCCGGACCCCAAAUACCACCACCACCUCCAAAACCACAGCCGGUAGUGCUCACCGCAGCCCCCAAACUGUACAAACAAUCCAAGGAAGACGAAGCCCUGAAAGACCAACUUGAUGGCAAGAAAAGGAAACGAGAACGUCCAUUGACUCCUCCCCGAGAGCCUGAGAUAGAGCCAUUACCCCCACCACCAAUCAUCCACAUAGACACCAGUGCACCAAAGGCCAAAAAAGAGAAAAAACAUAGAAAGGUUGUGCGAACAGCCGGUGGUCAGACUUGGGAGGAUGUGACCUUACUUGACUGGCCCGACGAUGACUUCAGGAUGUUCUGCGGAGAUCUUGGAAACGACGUCACUGAUGAACUACUGACUAGAACAUUUGGCAAGUACAGUUCAUUUCAAAGAGCAAAAGUUAUUAGAGACAAGCGGACGAACAAAAGCAAGGGUUUUGGUUUCGUCAGUUUCAAAGAUCCCGGGGACUUCAUUAAGGCCAUGAAGGAAAUGGACGGACGCUACGUUGGUAGCAGACCAAUAAAGCUAAGGAAGAGCACGUGGAAGAAUCGCUCACUGGAUGUAGUGAGGAAGAAAGAGAAAGAGAAGGCUGCUCUGCUCUCACAACUCAUGUCAGGAAAUAAAAGUUGACAUGCAACAAUAGAAAGUGACGUGUGAAUUGACAGUUAAAUUCACUUAUAUCAAUAAAGUUAUUUUAUUUUA